AUGAAAAAAACUAUGAAAGCGUUUACCGAAAUAUUUUAUGCUUCCAUAUUUGGAUAUGACGAGGGAAUUAUAUCUGAUGAUCGUAUUUUGUCUGCUGCUCUUUGGCGAAAUCUUUUCAAUAUGCGCUGUGAUGAUCCUUGUCAGUUAGAGCUGAUGGUUGAAUAUGUGCGCAAACAGAUGCAGUAUCUGGAUUCUCUAAAUGGUGAAGAUCUUCUGUUAACUGGUGAAGUCACUUGGCGCCCUCUAGUGGAAAAUGAUCCUCAAAGCAUCUUGAAGCCAUCUCCUCCAACAUACAAUGAUGAGGGACUUUAA